UCCCAGCUCAUCCCAGUAGUAUAUACACAGGGGAAGAAACCCUAGCUCGUCUCCUUGGCCAGGAGGGAACUCAGAAGAACUCAAGAGGUUUUUCUCUACAGAGUUGGUCAACUGAUCAAAUUUCUCAAGUCGUUUCAAAUGGCUCCUCCUGCGAAAGCUACUGCGAAGAAGCCUGAUGCAAAGGCCCAGGCAUUGAAGGCUGCCAAGGCAGUAAAAUCAGGGGCUUCUUCUCUGAAAAAGAAGAUGAAGAAGAUCCGCACUUCAGUAACUUUUCACCGACCAAAGACACUGAAGAAAGAGCGGAAUCCAAAGUACCCCCGCCUUAGUGCUCCUCCAAGGAAUAAACUGGACCACUAUCAGAUUCUCAAGUAUCCACUCACCACUGAAUCUGCCAUGAAGAAAAUAGAAGACAAUAACACACUUGUCUUCAUUGUUGAUAUUCGGGCAGAUAAGAAAAAGAUCAAGGAUGCUGUGAAGAAGAUGUAUGACAUCCAGACCAAGAAAGUCAAUACAUUGAUCAGACCUGAUGGUACCAAGAAGGCAUAUGUGAGGUUGACUCCAGACUAUGAUGCUUUGGAUGUUGCCAACAAGAUUGGCAUCAUUUAAAUGGAGAUCUGAUUUCAUAUUGGCGUGUUAGUUGGACAUCUAUGUUAGUGCCAGAGAGAUGCUAUGCAUCUGCAUUUUUCAAAAGUUUUUCAGGUGUAGUUCUAGUUUCCAAUUAUUAUAUUUACAUGGACAAAAUCUAAAUUUACUGGAUUGUUUUAUAAUCUUUGGAGUACUAAGCUCAUGGAAGCACAUUGUCGUAUUGUUCCUCUGUAA